CAGCUUUAAUCUUUUCCAAUGGACAAUGGCGAGCCUUUGCCAUCUUACGAGGGUCUCGCGGCCGCCUUUGCGAAAGCCAAGGCCGAAAAGGAGAGAGAAGAAGCCCAAGGGUUGAAGGGAAGAACAGGCGAUGCUGCCGCAGCCAACAAGCAAGGAGAGGUCCACUUCAAGGCUGCGCAUGGACUAGUUGUAGCGUUCUUUACUUGGAUUCUCGUCCUCCAUGUCCUGGGUAUUUACCUGUUCACCAGCGGCUUCCUCCUCACCCGACUCGUGCUCCAGCAGAAGUCCGAAUGUUCUGUUCCGCCGGCUGACCUUGCACAUUCAUACACACCCGGCUCUCCGAAAGCAGGAUGCUGGCACCCGAAGACCUUCGAGAAAGCAAUCGUAAUAAUCGUUGACGCCCUUCGCUAUGACUUUACCGUUCCAUUUCAGGCUACAGGCUCCGAGCAACUUCAACACUUCCAUAACGCGAUUCCAGUGCUCUAUGAGACCGCCAUAAAUCAUCCGAACAAUGCCUUCCUCCUUCCGUUCAUUGCCGACCCACCAACCACCACUCUGCAAAGGCUAAAAGGCCUUACCACAGGCACGUUACCAACGUUCCUUGAUGCCGGAUCAAACUUUGCUGGGACUGCUAUAGAUGAGGACAAUUUAGUAGCACAAUUAAGGAAUGCAAGUAAGAGGAUCGUACAUCUAGGCGACGAUACAUGGCAUGCACUCUUCCCCGGCUACUUCGAGCCGAAUCUUACUCAUGCAUACGAUUCAUUCAACGUUUGGGAUCUCCAUACCGUGGAUAAUGGAGUCACUGAUCAUAUAUUCCCGCUCCUGCAGUCUUCAAAUACGAGCAAAUGGGACAUAAUAUUUGGACAUUACCUCGGAGUCGACCACGCUGGACACCGGUAUGGGCCUAAUCAUCCGGCCAUGACAGCGAAGCUAAAUCAAAUGGACGAAAUUUUCCGCAAGAUGAUCGAUCAACUUGACGACAGUACUUUACUCGUAGUCAUGGGAGACCAUGGCAUGGAUGCUAAGGGCGAUCAUGGUGGAGAAUCAGAUGACGAGAUCCAGGCUGCUCUUUGGAUGUACUCGAAGCAGAAAUUGUUCGGCCGCAGUUCACCCGCCUACAGGACACCGCCAGCCACUGCACAAGAAAGACCAGUCGCACAAAUCGACUUGGUGUCAACCUUAUCCCUCCUUCUUGGGAUGCCUAUUCCCUUUAACAACCUUGGAGUGCCCAUCGAAGAAGCAUUCAUCGGAGCCAAAGGUGAAGAUUACCAGAAUUUAGCUAGAGUCAAUCGCCUGACAGCUGCUCAAAUCCACCGCUACCAGCAGGAGUAUGCCUUGGCUCGAGGACUAGAAGAGAACGCCAGGUCUAACUCGCUGUCUCUCUGGAAAGCCGCCAACGAUGCUUGGGACAAGCUGAAGCCCAUUAAAAAACCUAGCCGCGACCACUGGAAGACACCUGCUCAAGCAUUCGCUGCUUAUCAGGCCGAAACUCUCACCAUUUGUCGUGAUUUGUGGGCAAGGUUUGACAUUCCGAGGAUGUUGCACGGAGUUGAAAUACUUACAUUUACACUCGUUAUUCUUGCAAUCUAUGCUCGUGGUCUACAAGGCGAUCGGACCGAAUUAACUCCUGCUCUCCUUGUUCGAGGAAUCAUUGGGACAGUUCUCGGUGUCCUAGUUGGUGUUAGCCUUGGCUUUGCUAAGCCAGAUCUCCCUUUGGAGCAUACACUCAUUUACUGUGCCUCUAUAGGCGGGGUAGUGGGGUUGGGGACAGCAUUUUGGUAUGUGAGAAGGAGGGUCACCAACCCGCUCCCGAACUCUCUCUGGGGCUGGGUAAGUGUUAUUUUCACCCUAGCGUUGUCCGCGGGCUUUGCUGCAAAUUCCUUCACGAUCUGGGAGGAUGAAAUCCUUCUCCACUUCCUUUGCACUUUCGGGGCGCUUACAGUGAUCUCGUCCUUCCGGCAAAAGGAUCCAAUUGAUCGAGCGCUCGGGUGCUACCACUCGAUCCUCUUCAUCGUUCUCACCCGGGUAGCUUCGCUCUCACGAAUGUGCCGCGAGGAACAAAUGCCAUAUUGUAAGUCCACCUACUACGCCUCCGCCACGUCAUCUACUUCCGCAACCUGGCAACUCGCCAUUCCCUAUGCGGUUGCCUUCCUUCUACCAAAUCUUAUCCGAUCCUAUUACAAGGGCACACGUUCCCACCAGGGCUCAGCAAUCUUAUGGCUUGAUUUCGCUCUCCGUUUCGGACUGCUGCUAAGCGCAGCCUAUUGGACAAUCGAUGCUGCCGACGAUGGAGACUGGUAUCCCGGAUAUAGCGAGAUGCUCAAGACAACAAAAAUCAUAAUCGCCCAAAUUACGUUUGCUAUUGCCCUAGCUUUUGGAUACUCUACAUUUUCGUGGGCAAAGCCUCUCCUUACCAUCGAAACGAAGGUCAAGGGCUCAGAAGAGUCUGCGGAACAGAUUGUGGCAGAUGGCGGAACGUCUUCCAUUACUAUCUUGGGUUAUGCUAACGUACAUGGGUCUCGUUACGCGUUGCUCAUCACGAUGUGGUACCUGGCCAUUUCUCUAGUUCAGAAACCCAUGGGCGCGGGUGCCAUUGGAAUAGCAGCCUGGCAAGUAUUUUCACUGUUUGAGAUUACAGAUACAAACAAGUUGUCCGAUACGCCCAUUGGCCCAAUUGUUCUUGGAUUAUUAGGCUCAUUCCAUUUCUUCAAAACUGGUCAUCAAGCCACCCUCUCCAGCAUCCAAUGGGAAAGCGCUUUCAUUCCUCUCAGGACCAUCAAAUAUCCCUGGACUCCAAUCCUCAUCAUCCUCAACUCAUUCGGCGCUCAAAUUCUAUGUGCCAUUGCUGUCCCCGCAAUUGUCCUAUGGAAACAGCCUCCGAAGAAGAAAGGCUUGCUUGGAGAUGUUGCAAAAGCUACUGCCACUCAUUUGCUCUUCUACGCCGUCAUCAAUCUCGCUACGACGAUGUGGGCUGGGCACCUCAGGCGACAUUUGAUGUUAUAUCGCAUUUUCUGUCCAAAGUUCAUGACUGGUGCCCUCGUGUUGCUAGUUGUUGAUUUAGUGGCUAUAUUCGUUGCCCUUCUUGGUACACGGAUGAGCUUCUUAAGUGUGGCAGAAGUUUUUGGUUGGACUUAAUAUUGUCGAUAUUGUGGCGGAGGGAAAAGAGAUUGGUGGUAGGUGAUGCCUUGUGAGGAGACGAGGACAUAGCUCUUGUUUCUUGGACUGUAUUGGUAGCCGGAGCCUUAAAAUGCUCGUAAAGUUCUUUUGUUCAUUUGUUUAUCGUGUUCCUACCUAGACUCCAGCUUUGCC